GAUUGCCUAACUACACGUACAGUGAAUGCACAAUCCUUAAGCAUGAUCCACAUGCAACUGUUUGUGAAGAUUUGCAUGCGCCUUAACUCAUGGCUAACAAUAGGUAAUCCUUCUUCAGCUUAUAAAUGUGGAAUUACCGGUAUCAAGAUGCCACACAUUUCACUUGAAAAGACCAUGUUAACAGAAGUCCGUUGCAAGUGCUCAGCCUGUCCGACACCAAACACAGCAACCAGUGCAUGAAUGCAGCAUUUUUCCCCCACCAAAAAGUCAUCUCUGAUUGCUGCAUGUGGUGCAGAUAGUUCAAAUAAACGUAUAUGCAGUGAUGACUUAAGAAUGCUUCAAACAUUAUGCCUCCAAAAGAAAUUGGCCCAACAACCCAGAGCCCUCUUGAAGACAGCAAGGACAAGUAACAGCAGUUGCAACAAGACAAACAGAGAGUUUCUGAAAUCAGAGGUUGCCGUAAUGCCCUGGUCAACAUGGAAGCACGCCCUAUUAACACACCUGUGUUGACAAGACGAUGCAUCAUUACCAGACUGGCUGAUCUGACGGCAAUCGGGUACCGAGAAAUGAUGGAGCAGUCGGCAGGUGGUUUGCUAAUUCUGCUGCCCAAGGAUCUCAGUACCUUGCCACAGGAUGUGCUCAAGCAUUGGCUUGAAUUAGAACCACAGAUGAUGGAACAAGAGACCACCAUGCCCGUUUACUUUGCUCAUGAAGAUGAGAAGCUGUUAGCGAUUCUUGAAGAAAUCAACAAAGCUGGCAGCUCCGACCAAGCCGGAACAGCAGCUGAAGCUCUUCUGAGUGCAGUGUAUGGCAAUGGCUUUCAGAUGGUUGUGAGUGGGCCCCAGGCUAAGGCCAUCAAGGAUGCACCAAUCAUCAGUUUGCAGGGUAAGCUGACAGGCAAGGGUGUGGAGGAUCAGUUACCAACAAUUGCUAUUGUGGCUCACUAUGACACCUUUGGAAUUGCACCUCAUUUAUCAUUUGGUGCUGAUUCUAAUGGCAGUGGGGUCGCUGCACUUCUGGAGCUCAGCAGACUUCUCUCCAAACUCUACACCAACUCAAGAACUCAUGCUAAGUUUAAUUUCCUCUUCCUGUUAUCUGGCGGAGGAAAAUAUGGCUACCAGGGAACCAAGAGAUGGAUUGAAGACAGCUUAGAAAGUACAGGUACAGAAUCCACACUUCUGAGUGAUGUGUCCUUUGUGCUGUGUCUAGACAGUAUCGGUGCUAGCAAUGACUUAUUUCUUCAUGUUUCCAAACCACCAAAAGAAGGCUCAACUUCUCAUCAAAUUUACAAGGAACUGGAGACGGUGUCCAACAGCCUCUAUCCAAGCGUCAACUUCAGUAUGAUACAUAAGAAGAUUAACCUAGCGGACGAUCUACUGGCCUGGGAACAUGAGCGAUUCAGCAUGCGCAGAUUACCAGCUGCUUCCCUGUCACAUCUUAAAAUUCACAGGGACGAGUAUAGAACAUCCAUAUUGGAUGACAGGUCAAGGGUUGAUGUUGAUGUCUUAGCUCGCAAUGUUAAGAUCAUCGCUGAAGCAUUGGGUAGACACAUCUAUGGAAUCAGUAAAAACAGCCUUGAUAAACAACCUGAAAUAUUUGUAGAUGGCAUGGGUGUCAACAGGGACUUCCUGGCAUCCUGGGUUAACUACUUAUCAACCAAUCCUCGCCCAGCGCAACUCAUGGUAUCCAAGGACCAACCUGUGCUGUCCACACUGGAGCAGACACUGUCUAAACAUCUCAUGAAGGAGGUCAAGAUGCUUUCCAUCAAAGCAGACAAGAGGGAGCCUGAGUUUGUAUUUUACGAUGGAUUGAAAUUCACCAUGUAUGCCUACAAUGUGAAACCAGCUGUAUUCGACUUGUUCCUGGCAGCAGGAAUUGCUGGCUAUCUGGGACUUGUCUACCUAGCUGUCAUGCACUUCUCAACGUUCAUGGCCUUUGUCAAGCGGUUCUCAGUCCCAUCCACAAAGCACAAGGAAUCGUGAAGGCAGUCAGACACAGGAAAGAUACCAUCAUUGCAAGUUGUACAGCAACAAACUGCCUGUUUAUCAGUGGUAUUGUCCUGUUUAAGGACGGGUUUUUAUACGAGUGAGCGUCAUUUUCAUAAGUUAAUGUUUUUGUAUGUGUUGUGUAGAAAUUUCAGAAAGGGCUAAAGACGGAGAGGGGGCGGGUCUGAAAAGUUAGGGGAGGCAUCCUAAAAGUACAUUACGUGUACCUAUGUGAGAGCGGGAUUGUUCUUAAGAUUUUGGAUGCUGAGGACAAUUCUAGUCAAUUCAGACUGACACCCAAGGCCUGGUUGCCUUACCCAUAAAGGUUUUCAGUAUGGAGUCAAGGGAUUUGACAAAUAUGUCCAUGCUGUAACUUCCUGUAGUCAUGUGUCUCACAGUGUGCUCUGGAGGUGCACUUUUAUGUUGUUUUUCUGUCAUUUAAUAUCUCACCAGCCUACUAAUCCAGUACUUACCAAAUACUGUUGACAGUCAUGACCUUUGAUUGGUUGACAGGCAGAAGCCCUUGGCCAGUAAGCUUUCAGUUUUUCCAUCUUGACAGAUUUCUCACAAAGACUUAUCUUCACACAGUGUAUAUGUAUGUUUGUCCUUCACCCUUUAGCAGUGCACUUAGUAGAGAGUGCCGUAAAAAUGCCUGAUUUAGUCUUUACAUUACUUUUUAGAAGAAGAAGAGCCCAAACUCCAGCAUUCAUUACUUUCACAACAAGGGUAAUUUUGAGUUAAUAUUUUGUGGUAAUGAUCUAUCAAUUUUAUCCUGUUGUGACUUCAAAUCAAAGAGAUGAUGUGCAAUUACUUUGAAUUUAUUUUACUGGAUGCUAACAUAAAAUUAGCCAUGAAAUGUUGGAAAUUAUCGGAACGUGGAAAUUUGUUGAUUGACAUGUUUGCUGAACAGGUGGUGCUACUACUGAUUUUUUUUAUUUUAAUCCUUAGCUUUACUUUGUUUGGCCAGCAGGGGGUGCCAUUGGUAUUGUAGCAUGCCCCAUGGUAAUGAACUGUACUGGUUCCCAGCCCACCAUUUGAAUGAUUAAUAUCUAGAAAACAGGAACGACAACUUCAGCUGAGACUAUGCAUAUGCACAACUAUUCUAGCUUCAUCUGCUCUUAUUUGAGAUUAAUUUAAUAGAAUGAUUACACAUCGAAAAUGACCAACUUGCUGCUUCCCCAGAAUGUGUCCCCUGAUACAUCAGGCAGAAAUUAUAGUGUUGAAUGUUCUCAUCACUGCUCAAAAGAAUGUAGAAACUAAGUUUUAUUUGAGGAGAAUUGGAAUGAGGGAGUUUGUGUCAGAUCAUGACCUUUGUUUUUCAUAUCUUAAUUAUCGAAAUGCAUUUGACAGGAGCCAGAACAUGCUCACUGAAAUUUUGUAUUCUCGGUCUUCAAAAAACAAAAACCAUUCGUAUUUUGCCGUACUCUUGUACCAGUUUCGUUUUCAUACCCCAGGUAGUGUUUUUUGGUUCAGCAGACUGUUGACAGAAUGUGGAAUGUUUGGGCGGGCAUGAUUGUGUCUUAGUUUAAAUUGUUUAAUACUGCCAACGUCAUCAGUGUCAGAAUACCAUCCUUAUCAAAUUGUCAGCAGAGCCUCCAUGAACUUUUUCCUUAUGCAAUAAUUUGUGAUAAUUGCUGUAAAGACUCCUGACAAGAGCAAAGAGAAGAAGGUGGUUGAAUGGUUACGCGUGCUGACCGCAAAACCGAAUGAAGACAUGCAGAUAAUUAUGGUCCUACAUUAUCUGUUUGCAGUCAUGAAUAAAAUGUCUGAAUAUUAUCGGAAAUGAA